CUUGAGGGUGUUAAUGUUUUGACCACUGAAUCUGGCAUGUUCCAUCUUGCCUCACCAUGUGCUACACUUUAUAAGGAAGCAAAGCUGCAGUCUUGACCACUCUCAACCUUGGCCAACAUGUCUUCUGCUCCUUCAAACAGUCGUCCUUCAAGAGAUGGUUACGAUCACAAAUGGUUGGAGGAUCCUUCAGAGGAGCUAAAAUGUCUCAUUUGCCUGUCAGUAGCCAGAGAGCCUCGACAACAUGGAGGCAAAGGUUGUGGAAAAUUGUUCUGUGAGAGCUGCAUCUCUGAGCAUCAGAAGAGGAGCACAAAUUGUCCACACUGCCGAGAAAACUUAACUCUCUUAGCAGACGUUAGAAGUGCUCGACACAUCAGAUCCCUCAAGGUCAAGUGCGACAACGAUGUCUGUGAGUGGACGGGGGAACUGGGAGAUCUUGAGACACACCUUCAGUCAUGUGACUAUGCUCUCCUGCCCUGUACUAACGAGUGCAAGAUCGAUAAUGAGAUUGCCAAGUUUCUGAGAAAGGAUCUUGAAGAACACCUCACUAACGACUGCCCAAGACGUGAGUACAAGUGUCCACAUUGCCAGGAGACAGGGGAACAUGAGGAGAGGACCACCACUCAUCUAGAGACUGUACUGUGCCCAAAUGACGGAUGUGGUGUCAGCAACUCUCACUGUCAACUACCCAGCCAUCGCUCCACCUGUGAGUAUGAGUGUGUGCCCUGCAAGUACGGGUGUGAGGAGAGGCUACUCCGUAAGUGUCUGAGGGAACACGAGGAAGACACUCCACUUCACCUGCUAGCUCUCAGCAAGACUAGGGAGAAAAGAAUCAAGACAGAAUCAAGCAACCAGCCCAAGACUGUGACAUUCAGAAUGACUGACUUUCAGAAAUACAAGAAUGGUGAUCAGUGGUACAGUCCUCCAUUCUACACAUCUUACACCGGCUACAAAAUGUGUCUGAGUGUUCAGCUGCUUAGCUUCCGUCAGCGCUUCCGAUUAAGGGUCAGGGGGUGCAGUUGCGUUUACGGAGACAAUGAUCGGUUCACUGGGACAGUCACAGUCGAGCUACUUAACCAACUGGAGGAUGAUAACCAUCGCAAGAAUAUGAGAAUAUUUAAUAAUUCAUUGUGCCAAGAGUUUAUCUUCAACUCAUCUCAUCUCAUCUCAGACCUCGACUACAAUGCUGACAAGAACACUCAGUACCUCAAAGAGGACACUCUGGUGUUCAGGGUAUCUGUACAAGUACCCGACUACAAGCCGUGGCUGGAGCCAACCAAUUGAAACUGAAACAUUUUCUUGUUAUUUUUUGUUGUGUUCAUAAUUAUUUUGUGCACUGUAUUUAUUGAUGAUCAAUGCGGCAAUGCAAUGCAAGUAUGCCAUGAGGAUUGAUUACCAGUGCACAUCCCUAAAUACACAGAAUUAUUGAUUGCAUACUGUAACCAAUAAUAAUAUUCUAUAUAAUUAUAGCUGUAGUGCCUUGAGGGCAUGUCAUUGUAACACUCAGAAUUAAUUUUAACAUUAGAUGUUCUUAGAAAAUU